AAAGCGAAAGAAGUUAAAGCAAAAGCUGCAAUGAAGUAAAUUCAACCCAACUGCCACCUAACACUCGCCAUUCCCCUUCACACAUUUUUCUCUACAUAAACCCCACGGCCCCUACGCCUAUUCCAGCAAACACAAUUACCUGCACGAACACAAAAACCCACUGCACCCGAUAGCUUCUCUCUAAGACGUAUUUGUCGCAUAAUAGGCAGCAUGGCUGGCGGAGCGAUUGUGAAGGUGGCAUGCGUCGUGGCGCUGGCUGUGUUCGUGGUGGCGAGCACCGUGCCCGAGGCGGAUGCCGCCGUGACGUGCGGUUUGGUCACCAGCAAACUGGCGCCUUGCAUCAACUACCUGAGGAAAGGAGGACCGGUGCCGCAGCCGUGCUGCAAUGGCGUCCGGGCCCUCAAUAGCGCCGCUAAGACCCCCGGCGACCGCAAGGCUGCCUGCGGUUGCCUGAAAUCGGCGUCCAGCUCCAUCAACGGCAUCAACUACAGCAUAGCCGCCGGCCUUCCAGGCGCCUGCAGAGUCAACAUACCCUACAAGAUCAGCCCCUCCACCGAUUGCAGCAAGGUGCAGUGAGGCAGAUGCGAACGAGGGAGUUUGGAACGUACGAUGCUUCCAAUAGCGUAUGGCGAGAGAAUAAGGGGGGCGUUAGCGUUAGGUCCUCUUGAGGCUCCACGUGUGCGAGUCUACCGCUUUUAGUUGUGCUUAAUCAUUCCCUUUCUGUUGUUUUCGUACCUUGUUUGGUUGUUUUAAUAAUAAUAAUCUGCCCUUACAGAA